AUGCGUACCUCCUUAAUCUCAAAGGAAGCGUCGAAGCUGGUCGACGCGGUAUCGUCAACCCGUCGAGUCACCCGGCGCACCGCGGCUACGUCCAGUUACUUUGGUAACUCGAGGCAAACAAGAUCGAAAACUGUUGCAAGCGCAAUUCAUGUGAAACACGAAGUAGGAGACAGCAAUGCAGCCAUCAAACAGGAGAGCGGAAGUCAAGAUGGCUGUGACGAUAGCUCCGUUCUGUCUGAAGCAAAUACGACCGACAUCGAAGACCUCUUGAAACCGGAACCCAGCCCGCCACCAAGCUCGAGAAAGCGGAAGCGAGCCUCUGUCGUUGCAGCAGAUGCCGUAGCCACUAAAGCUGAACGUUCGUCUCCCAGAUCGCGAUCGCGAAAACCUCGAAAAGUCAUCGUGGAAGAAGAAGAGGAUGUAAAGGUAGAGGUGCCGACUCCCCUACCAAAGAAAAAGGCGACGAAAUCCCGCAAACCCCCUCCUCCACCGGGAUCCGUUGCUCCACCGCCAAACUGGGAGAAGAUGUACGAUCUCAUCAAGGAUAUGCGUCUUCGCAACCCGACUGCGCCCGUUGACACCAUGGGCUGCGCGGAGUUAUACUGGCGUAAUUCCACCGAGCAAGAGAGGCGCUUUCACAUCUUGGUCGCCCUGAUGCUCUCAUCCCAAACAAAAGACACCGUAACAGCCGUCGCAAUGCAUCGCCUACACACAGAGCUCGACCGAGAGCACGAUGACAACAACGAAGACGGCGCUGAUGCGAGUAAAAAGCCCGCGGUCCGGUGGGACACCACGACUCACUCCGCCGGCCACUCAACCCUCACGAUCUCCAACAUCCUCCGCGUCUCCGCCACCCGCCUCAACCAGCUCAUCCAAACGGUUGGCUUCCACAACCUCAAGACCAAAUACCUCCGCUCCACCGCUUCCAUCCUCCAGUCCCACUACAACUCCGAUAUCCCACGCACGGCAGCUGACUUAAUGGCCUUGCCCGGCGUGGGGCCCAAGAUGGCCUAUCUGUGCAUGAGUUCCGCAUGGGGCGUGGAUGACGGGAUCGGUGUGGAUGUGCACGUUCACCGGAUAACGAAUCUGUGGGGGUGGGUGCGGACCAAGACACCAGAGGAGACGCGGGUGUUGCUUGAGGCGUGGCUGCCGAGGGAGAAGUGGAGGGAGAUUAACUGGUUGCUGGUGGGGUUGGGGCAGACCGUGUGUUUGCCUGUUGGGAGACGGUGUUGGGAGUGUGUGUUGGCUGGGACUGGGUUGUGUAGGGCGGAGAUUAAAGGGGGGAGGAAUGGAAGUGGCCCCAAGGGGAGGAUGGAGGCGAAGAUGGAGAUCAAGGUGGAGGAGAUGUGAAUGUGUCAUUGCGUCUUGAUUUCUCUAUGCUCUUAUACAGCCUGAGAUGGAUGUAUGGAUUUAAUAUGGAGCAAAGGAAUCAUAAGUGCACCGUGUUUGUUUCAUCCAUCUUUGCAAAGAAUCGGGGAUACUCACGAGUCCAGCAUGUGAAAGGGGCGAAAAAAAAAAAAUAAAAAAUAAAAAAUAAACUGAUGAAGAGGACAAAAUCCAAGUGGCUCCUGUUUUUGUGCAAGUGUCCAAGGGCCCAAAGGCAGCCAGCCCCUUCUAUGGAAACCCCCCCUGUUACAUUCAGCACACACUAUCUGGUGCCGUUCUCGAUUUAAAUGCGACCCAGAUCGAGUUGACCACGGGCCAUGUGGUGUCGGUAAGCCAACUAUUGGUGCAAUAAGUUUUGAAAAGUUGUCCUGACUCGGAUUCGAGACGAUGCAUUCACAAUAUCGACACAUCAUAUCUUUUGUAAUAGCCUUAGCAUGGUCAGUCGGACAUGCAACACGUUGGACAAUCUUCCCUUCGGGGAUCCAAUCUUGGCAUCGCUGGAAUGCCUGUGGGUGUGAGAUCCUAAGGGUACUCUUUUGCCAUUGGCCGAUGGUGUGAAAACG